AUGGGCAGGGAAGACAAAGCGACGUGGAAAGCGAAUUACUUCGUUAAGAUAGUGGAGUUAUUAGAAGAAUAUCCAAAAUGUUUUAUUGUCGGGGUUGACAACGUUGGUUCGAAGCAAAUGCAAGAAAUCCGUCAAGCUAUGCGUGGUCAUGCCGACAUUUUAAUGGGUAAAAAUACAAUGAUUCGCAAAGCCAUUCGUGGUCAUCUUCAGACUAAUCCGGAUUUAGAGAAACUGCUUCCACAUAUUGUCGGCAACGUGGGGUUUGUUUUUACCAAAGAAGACCUUAGCGAUGUUCGUGCAAAAUUAUUGGAAAAUAGACGUGGAGCUCCGGCAAAAGCUGGUGCUAUUGCUCCAUGUGAUGUCAAAUUGCCACCUCAAAAUACUGGAAUGGGACCAGAAAAAACAUCGUUUUUCCAGGCUUUGCAAAUACCAACUAAAAUCUCUCGUGGAACCAUCGAAAUUUUGAAUGAAGUACAUUUAAUCAAAACUGGUGAAAAAGUUGGAGCAUCUGAGUCGGCUCUUUUAAAUAUGUUGAACAUCAUGCCAUUUUCGUACGGGCUUGUUGUGCGACAAGUCUAUGAAAAUGGGACGGUGUUUGCACCAGAAGUUCUUGAUAUGACAUCCGAUGAUAUUCGCGGAAAGUUUUUGCUUGGAGUACGAAAUGUUGCUGCAGUGUCAAUGGCAAUUGGUCAUCCAACGCUUGUUUCGGUGCCUCAUUCGAUCGCUAAUGCCCUCAAGAAUUUGUUGGCUAUUGCUGUGGAAGCCAAUAUCGAUAUGAAAGAAGCGCAAAAAAUCAAGGAGUUCUUAGCAGAUCCAUCGAAGUUCGCAACUGCAACAGCACCUAAGGCCACACCAGUGGUACCAUCUGCUCAACCAGAAGCACCAGCCAAGAAGGAGGAAGCCAAAAAAGAAGAGUCAUCAGAUGAAGAUAUGGGAUUCGGGCUUUUUGAUUGA